UGUCAUUUGUCAUAUCCGUUUCCGUGUCUUUAAAAUAUGCGCAAAGUGCAAAAAAUAAAUCUUUUUAUCAGGUUUUCUAGAAGUGCUAGAUAAACGAUAUUGAACAUGCAGUUGUGUUUAAGAGGAACUUCUACUCAUUUCCUUGAGUGUGAAGGAUCUGAGACUAUUGGAGAUAUUAAGACCCGUAUUGCCUCACUGGAAGCUUUACAAGCUACUGAAAUUAGCCUAUAUUCAUCAGGAGUUCCAGUGACUGAUGAAAGAUUGGUAGCCGAUUUUGAAAAUGUAGACAUUGAAUUGACUGUAGGUUUACUUGGUGGUAAAGUACAUGGUUCAUUGGCCCGUGCUGGAAAAGUUAAAGGACAGACCCCAAAAGUAGAAAAGCAAGAGAAGAAAAAGAAGAAGACUGGCAGAGCCAAGAGGCGUAUUCAAUACAACAGAAGGUUUGUCAAUGUAGUAGCUUCUUUUGGACGAAGACGAGGACCAAACUCAAAUUCUGCUCCAAAUUCUUAAUUUGUAUUCUUUAACUAGCAUC